AUGGUGGAAGCUCCGCUAUCUGGAAUCCUGUCUGAUCCGGUAGUCCGCUCGGCUGCUCUCCAGGGCCUCCAGAUCUAUGUACUGGGAAACGGGCUCGAGUUACCCAAAGACGCCUUCGCUGCAGGAAUUCCGUCGUCGGAAGUUGUCCUUGCCAUCUCACUACGGGGGCCGGGUGGAGUAUGGCCACCACCACGGCCAUUGCUCCAAAAGGCUUUGACGCUUUCUUUAGGCGCCGAAGACAAAUAUUCUUCGCUGGUGCCGCCCGAGGACGACGAAUACAACGAAAGCCUCAUGCUUCUCAGCUUGCUGCUCAGGCGCACCAGCGAGUACGCAGACGCGCCCAGCAGCCACCGCACCCGGCUGCUGUGGCUCGAAGGGCCUGUGGAGAUCGUCCUCGAGCCACGCAACGAGUCCUGGGCAGUUGAUCCCGAUGCAGACCAUCUUCUACAGUUGGGGCGACGUCUGGCGCUGGGUACGGGACGCCCCGGCCAGGCACCAUCACUGCAAUACUGCGGAAUGCACGAGGCGCAGCCGACCGUGAGAGAAGCGCAGUGGCUGCCCGCGGGGCCUAUAGCACACGAUGAGAUUGCUUUUGACCUCGGCGGCAAGCCCGCAGCUGGAGAGGAAAGUCUGAGGUUUGCGAUCAAAGGAGCGACUGGCUCGGAAUAUGCUAGGUGA